AUGAGGAAACGUCCACCUUUGAUGAUCUUCUUGCCUUCUUGUCUUCUUCUUGUAUUUCAAACCCUCAACGUUGCUAAUGCGGUUACUUGUGUCGGAAGCUUCUUCAACGGUAGCAGCUACGGAGAGAAUCGCCAUAAUCUCUUCUCUACCCUUUCUCAUAAAGUAAUCACCAACGGUGGAUUCUACAACGCUUCACUUGGAGAAAGUCCCAACAGGGUUUACGCUCUUGUCCUCUGUACAAGAGGCUACGAACGAGAAGCUUGUAUCCGUUGUGUCGAAAAAGUGACUAAGGAGAUAGAAACGGGUUGUCCGGAUCGAAUGGAUUCUUUCAAGUGGGAUAGUGAUGAUGAAGACAAAGUUUCUUGUCUUGUAAGUUCCACAAACCAUUCAACAUUCGGGAACUUAGUGCUUGGACCUGCUGUUAUAUACCCAAGUCCACUUAGCAUUGAGCCAACCAAAGACAUGAACCUUUUUAGCCAACAGUGGGAAGCUACCGUUAAUCGCACCCGCGAAGCUGCCGCGGACGCUAAAACUUCCUCGGUACUUAAGUACUAUAGUGCCGUAGAAGCCGAGUUCACGGAGUUUCCAAAUGUUUACAUGUUGAUGCAAUGCACACCUGAUAUAACUUCACGAGACUGCAAAAGAUGUUUGGGAAAUUGCGUGACGUAUUUUAAAAAACAAUUCUGGGGAAGACAAGGAGGCGAGGUUAGUCGUCCCAGCUGUGUUUUCAGGUGGGAUCUUUAUUCUUUCCAUGGUGCUUUUGUUAAUAUAACAAGAGUCCCUGCGCCUCCUCGACCUCACGCUCAGGCUCAAGCACCAACGAAUGAGAGCAAUAGUAGAGACAAGAAAGGAAGAAGCAUUAGGUAUAGCGGAAAUAUCGCGAUAAUUGCGGUUCCUACUUUCAUUAAUCUUUUGGUGUUUAUUUAUCUAAUCAAAUUCUAUGCUCGGAAGAGUAAAUCAAACAGAACCAAUGUUGGUACUGCAGAGUACUCUGAUUCGGAUGGUCAAUUCAUGUUACGUUUUGAUCUUGGUAUGAUCAUAAUAGCAACGGAUGGGUUCUCAUCUGAAAAUAAGCUUGGCCAAGGUGGAUUUGGUACUGUCUACAAGGGGACUUUACUAAACGGGAAAGAAGUAGCGGUGAAGAGAUUAACAAGAGGUUCAGGACAAGGUGAUAUGGAGUUUAAGAAUGAGGUUUCACUCUUGACAAGACUCCAACAUAGAAAUCUAGUUAAGCUUCUUGGGUUCUGUAAUGAAGGAGACGAAGAGGUUCUUGUCUAUGAGUUUGUCCCCAACUCAAGUCUUGAUCACUUUAUCUUUGAUGAAGACAAGCGUUCGCUUCUUACAUGGGAGGUGAGGUUCAAGAUUAUAGAAGGCAUUGCUCGUGGUCUUCUUUAUCUCCAUGAAGAUUCUCAACUAAAGAUUAUUCACAGAGACUUGAAGGCGAGCAACAUCCUUUUAGAUGCUGAGAUGAUCCCUAAAGUUGCAGACUUUGGAACCGCAAGGUUGUUCAACACCGAUGAGACCCGAGCUGAAACAAGACGAAUAGCUGGAACCCGUGGAUAUAUGGCUCCCGAGUACCUGAACCACGGGCAAAUGUCUGUUAAAUCUGAUGUUUAUAGCUUUGGUGUUAUGCUUCUAGAGAUAAUAAGUGGUGAAAGAAACAAUAGCUUCGAAGGAGAAGGGAUUGCACCUUUUACGUGGAAGAGAUGGCUUGAAGGAAAGCCGGAGAUUAUAAUCGAUCAUUUCUUGAUAGAAUGUCCGAGAAACGAGAUCACCAAAUUGAUCCAGAUUGGUUUGUUGUGCGUUCAAGAAAACGCAGCAAAGAGACCAACCAUGAGCUCUGUUACAGUUUGGCUCGGCAGCGAUACAAUCACCGUUCCUCUACCUAAGGCUCCUGCAUUCGCUAGACAUCAAUCCCAAUCUGAAAAUGGGACUACUUCAUCAGUGAGUGAAGUCUUUACAGAAUUGAGUUCUCGUUGA